AAAAAGCACUAUUUCCAAACCAGCUAUUUUUCUCUAACAAAAUUAAUAGCAAAAUUAGUUCAUGUAUUUCCUAUGAUUUAUCCUGUACAUUAAAUCGUGGCUCUGCUCCCGCUUCCGGUACUGUACGAUGUCUAUUGUUUGUUCUGUGGAAUUCUAACCAUUUUUAUUGGAACUCGCAAAUUUAAUUUUUGCAAAUAUUGCCCAAAGGGGCCACAAAGGUCUAUUUUUACGGUUAUUUGACUUGGCAGCCACACAAAGUAUUACUAUAUUUAUAUACAAAAAGGAGAUGCGAUGGAAGAAGACAACGCCAUGUAUGAAAAAAUCCUAAUUGAUAUCAAAAAUUUAAUACGCAGUGAUCCAAAUUUGAAAGACUUUUGUAUAGUACCGAUCAACGAAAACAAGAAUAAGUCGCCAGUUUUGUAUGAGGAACACAACUUAGGCUUAGAAUUAUGGUGUGUGAAAUACGUUUAUGCAUAUCUUUAUAAACAGUUAUUUAAAUUAAGACGACUAUUAAGCAAAAAUAGAUUAAUACAACAAAAAAGUGAAGAAAUCGAUAAGUACUUGAUAUCUGCGCUACUAAUUCAUCCCGAAGUCGCGACAUUUUGGAACAUGCGACGUGAACUGGUGGAGUACGGCGUUAUUAACCUAGACAUUGAGUUGCUUUUAACAAAGUUAGUUUUAUCGAAUAAAAGUAAAUCAAACGAAGCGUUUGCGUAUCGCAAAUGGAUCGUUAGCAAGCUAAUGAAGGGUAUUUAUAAACAUGACGUUGUGUCCACCUUGGCCUUGCUUAAUCAAGAGUUCACAGUCACAGAAAUGGCUGCCCAGAACUCGCCCAAUAAUUACCACGCUUGGAAUCAUCGAAUGUGGUGUCUACAGUCGGCGUUCGUAAAACAUGACUUUGCAGACACUCCUAUGUAUUUAAAUUUAGUUUUUGAGCAGUUAGAUUUUUCGAUUAGGUGGAUACAGAGCCACAUAUCUGAACACGCAGGGUUUCAUUACAGGCAGUACUUGUUAAAAUGCGUGUUAAAUAGUUGCUGUUCAGUUUCUGAACGUACUGGCAAAAUUCGUUGCUUGUUAGAAACUUUUGCGCAUAUUAAGGCAUGUGAUGACGAAGGCUUUGUUCAACAGUUAUUAGGUAGAUCUAGUACGUGUGUAAACCGUAGUAUGGUUAAUUUUAUUCUUUUGUUAUUAGAAGAUUUGUUUUAUUUUAUGGACCAACUUAACGAAUUGUUUCCUGGCCAUGAAGCUGUGUGGUAUCAUCGCAGGUUUCUCAUAUUUCACAUACUUCAAAUUGCCCACGAAUAUCACAAUGUAGUGUGGUUCAGAAAUGUAAAUGUUAGCGGUUUAAUGUUGAACUCGAACGAUAAUAUAAUAAAUGUAGAUAGUGGUUUAUCAGAUACCAAGUAUCCGAAGUUACCAAAAUACGAAUUAGACGCCGUCGAGUCUUCCUAUCUGUACAAAAUACUUCUUAAGUUUGAAUUUGAACAUAUUCAAGGAAAUAGUUUGUCUAAAUGUAUUGAUGCACAAAGGGAAUUGGCUAGGCGGCACGAGAAAUGGUUACAUUUCAUUUUGUGUUUUAAUAAAAGUAAUAGUUUUAUUUAAUACUGAUCUAUCUUUAGUUUUAAUUAGUAUUUUGUUUUUCUUAAGUGCAUAAAGUUCUAUCUCUCAGUUUAAGUGGCAGUUAACAUUUGUGUAACGUUACCAUUUUAUAUAUUUCUUGAUAAAUAAAUAAUUUUGUUUCGAUA